GCCUCUUUUCUCUCACUCACUUCCUGUGAAAUAGUAAAUUUGCCUUUAUUGGUUAGCGUUUGUUUUUGGGACAGAAUCAAAGUGGGAAAAGCAGACUGAAAGACAGUCUUUUUGGAAGUGGGAGGAGACAAAGGGAGAUGCACAGGUGGGGCCCAGAUUGGAAAGAGGCAGUUGUUUCGGGAUAAACACAGGGGGGGGCCCUGAGGUUGGCUGCAUACAUUCACAGCUAUUCACUGGGACAGGUUGGACUGGUUUCUGCCUCCACAAUACCCGUGUUUUCCCCUGCUCUGGCUCAUUUGAACCGGCAGAGAGUGAGGAAGAAGUGAACCAAGUAGCUGUAGAAAAGAGCAAAAGGGCUCUCUGUACAUUUCAACAUUUGACCUAGAGAGGAAUUCAACAUGUCUGAGGAAGGAGAAGAAUUUUACGGAAAGCAUGGCGAGCCGAGGAAGUAUGACGCAACCUUCAAGGGCCCGAUCCAGAACAGGGGCUGCACAGACAUUGUAUGCUGCAUCCUCUUCAUUAUCGCCAUACUGGGUUAUAUCGCAGUGGGAAUACUGGCCUGGUCCCAGGGCGACCCCAGGAAAGUGAUCUAUCCCACGGACAGUCGAGGCCAGUUCUGUGGGCAGGCUGGCACCCCACUUGCCAACAAGCCAAUGCUGUUCUACUUCAACAUCAUGAAGUGUGCCAGCCCCAUGGUGCUGCUGGAGUUCCAGUGUCCCACCACGCAGAUGUGUGUGGAGAAGUGCCCCGAAAAGUUCAUGACGUUGGUGAAAGCCUACACCAACAGAAAUGACUUUGACUACUACAAGACAUUCUGCAAGGAAGGUGUGACUAACACAAUGGGCAUACCACAAAUCCUCAGCUUAGGUCUCUGUCCUGCCAUGCUGACCCCCAGCAGACCCUUCACUCGCAGGUGUUUCCCAGCUUUGGGCAAGAAAGGAGGGGUGGUAACCGUGGGAAACAACUCUCACUUUGAUGACGGAAGCGGAACCAUGAGGGAUGCCAAGGAUCUUGUGGAUGGAGUCAAGAAUGCCACCGUGGUUAUUGAGGCUCGUCAGGUGGUCAUGAAGAUCUUCGAGGAUUACACACAGUCCUGGUACUGGAUCCUGUUAGGGCUGGUCAUCGCGAUGCUCACCAGCCUGCUCUUCAUUGUCCUGCUGAGGUUCCUGGCUGGGAUCAUGGUCUGGGUCAUGAUUGUUAUGGUGAUACUGGUCAUAGGAUAUGGUAUUUUCCACUGCUACAUGGAGUACGCCGCUCUGAAGGGAGAGGCAGGCGCCAAUGUGACUAUACAGGAACUGGGCUUCCAGACGGACCUCACAGUCUACCUGCAGAUCAGACAGACCUGGCUGGCCUUCAUGAUCAUCCUGGCCAUUGUGGAGGUCAUCAUCAUCCUCCUGCUCAUCUUCCUCAGGAAGAGGAUCCUCAUUGCCAUUGCUCUCAUCAAAGAAGCCAGCAGAGCCGUCGGUCAUGUGAUGAGUUCCCUUUUCUACCCUCUGUUCACGUUCCUCCUCCUGGCCAUGGUCAUCGCCUACUGGGCCGUUACUGCUGUCUUCUUGUCUACUUCCAAUGAACCCAUCUACAAAAUUUUCAAUGAGACAGUAUGCGACCACUCUAGAAAAACCUGCGAACCUGCGAACUACUCCACCGGUGUGGAAAAAGCGCAGUGCCCCGACUCCGAGUGCCUUUUCGCCUUCUACGGCGGAGAGACCGCCUACCACAAAUACCUGAUCGGCCUUCAGUUCUACAACGUCUUCCUCUUCUUCUGGUGCGCCAACUUCGUCACGGCUCUGGGACAGAUGACCCUGGCCGGGGCCUUCGCCUCGUACUACUGGGCCGUCGUCAAGCCGGACGACAUGCCUGCCUUCCCCAUCUUUUCUGCCCUGGGGAGAUCUCUCAGGUACCACACGGGAACUCUGGCGUUCGGAUCCCUCAUCCUCUCGAUCAUUCAGAUCAUCAGGGUUUUGCUGGAGUACUUGGACCACAAGUUGAAAGGAGCCCAAAAUAAGUUUACCAAGUUCCUGUUGUGCUGUCUGAAGUGCUGCUUCUGGUGUCUGGAGAAAUGUAUCAAGUUCAUAAACAGGAAUGCUUACAUCAUGGUGGCGAUCUACGGCAAAAACUUUUGCACCUCAGCCCGAGAUGCCUUCCUCCUCCUCAUGAGGAACAUGAUCAGGGUGGCCAUCUUAGACAAAGUGACAGACUUCCUCUUGUUUUUGGGCAAACUGCUCAUUGUUGGGCUCGUGGGGAUCUUUGCCUUCUUCUUCUUCUCUGGGAGGGUGAAGGCCUUUGAGAACACAGCCCCCCAUCUCCACUACUACUGGGUACCCAUCCUGACUGUGGUGGUUGGCUCCUACCUCAUUGCCCACGGAUUUUUCAGUGUGUACGCCAUGUGUGUGGACACCCUCUUCCUCUGUUUCUUGGAGGAUCUUGAGAGGAACGAUGGCAGUGCAGAGAGGCCCUACCUGAUGCCUGAGAGCCUCCGCAAAGUCCUGAACAAGAAGAACAAGACGGAACCAGCUCAGUAGAGCGCCUCCUCUGAGAGGAGGGACUGUGGGAUAAACCGGAUUGGGUUUCUGGUCUGUGGAAGACGGCUUGGACCAGAACCCAACGCCAAUCAGUCACCAGAGGCCUGCAGGUGACAAUCAGUUGUGUCAUCCAUUCUAUUUUGUUACUGCCAAAUGUUUCAUUCCCUCCAGUUGUUUCUUACAAAUCCAACAGUUCAGUUUUUAACGGUCUGGUUUUCAAUUUAGAAUUGGAAAUUUCCGUUUUUGGCUGUAGUUGUGAAUUACAUUUUUAAAAGAAAAUUUCUUUUUAUUUUAAGCUUUAUUCGAGCAUGUUUUAUUUUAUAUAUUUGUGUCACAUGAAGGUUAUCUCAUAUGCAAACUGCUAAAGUUGUUUAAUAUGUCUUUGCGCUUUUAUAUCUGUGUAAUCUUCUAUUGUAUUUGAAUAAUUAUUUAACCAUGUUACCAAAGCCAUUACGCUGCCACUAAUGGAGGUCAUGUACAUCUCCAAAUUAGACUAUUAUAUUUUAUCAGUAGCGUAUGGAGAGAAUUAUGAACAGGAGCUAAAGCAAUAUGUAUAUUGUAAUAGAUGUAGGGUUAUACUUUGGUGCUUAUUCCAUCAUUGUGGAGUUGAAUUGAGAAUGUUUUUUGAAAUAAACAUAGUUUUUUACGUAA